AUGACACCUCCAGAAGGAGGGUUCACGGCAUGGAUGGUGGUCGGGGCAGCGUCCACUAUCAUGGCAAUGUCCUUUGGGAUGUGCAACUCUUACGGAAUCUACCAAACUUACUACGAAGAGAAAUUUCUCAACACUUCAUCAAAUGUACUCUCCAUUAUCGGGGCACUCCAGGCAUGUCUAACAUAUUUUUUUGCGUUGCCUUCUACCGUCAUUAUGGGCUACUUGGGACCACAGAUUGUUGUCGCAGUCGGGGGGCUUCUUUCUUGUCUUUCAUUCAUGUUUUUGUCAAUUUCAAAUUCUAUUUGGCAGAUUUUCAUAAUUCAGGGAUUGAUGUUUGGAAUGGGAUCUGGACUCAUGUACAUACAUUCAACGGGCACCACCAUGCAGUACUUUGACAAGCGAAAAGCGCUUGCGGUAGGUAUAAUCACAGCAGGGUCCAGUUUGGCAGGAGUAUACUGGCCAAUAGGGGUACGAAACAUGAUAGAAAGGAUUGGAUUUCCAUGGGCGAACAGGGUGAUUGGAUUCAUUUAUAUUCCAAUGACGAUAUUCAGCGCCUGUUACAUAAAGCCUAGGUUGCCCCCAACGAAAAGGAAACCCGAAGAAAACUUCUUGAGAAUAGAUUUCGGCGUGUUGAAAGACUGGAAAUUCCAGAUCCUGAAUGUUGCAUGGUUUUCUUUCAUGCUUUCUUUGUUUCCGGGUUUAUUCUUCAUUGAUCUUUUCUGUCUUAGAGUAGGCGCACCCCGAAGCCUUCAACUUUACAGUGUGGCCAUUGUGAAUGCAGCGGCACUUGUGUUCAGAAUCAUUCCAGGAUUCCUCGCAGACAAAUUUGGCAGAAUCAACCUGCUCAUCCCUUCUUUGCUUUUCUCUGGCAUCUUCCCAUUGGCCUUAUGGAUUCCGGCCAAUAAUACUGCUUUGACUGCUAGCUUCAUAGUUUUGUGGGCAUCUGCAACUGGUGUUCCAGUCGCGGUAUUUCCUGCGGUCUUGGGACAACUGUUUCAAAAUACAGGUCACUACUACUCGUACCUGACUUUUUUUUAUAUCGUCGGUGGAAUCAGCUCAUUAUGUGGUCCAAUCAUAGCAGGUUCUUUUAUUCCACGUGGGCAUGUGGAUACCACUGAAGGGUUUCCCAGAUUGGCCAUUUUUUGCGGGGUGCUUUGUCUCGCUUCUUGUGCCAUCAUGAUAGGAUUUAGAUCUUUAUACACACUCUCGAUUAGAGAAAAAAUUUAG